AUGAGCUACCCUCCCCGAAUGCCCCCUCCCCCUCCGGGCAUGCGAAUGCCCCUGCCCCCUCCAGGCAUGCUGGGCAUGCCUCCUCCACCUCCUGGAAUGGCUUCUCAACCAGGUCCAGGCGAAGCUUCAAGCUCGCGUAUGCCUCCCGAGGUUCUCGCACAAAAGUCCCAGAAAUGGAUUCAAAUGCAGAGGAAGCGGUAUGGCGAAAAGAGGAAAGGUGGAUUCGUGGACAUGGGCAAGCAGGAUCUUCCUCCAGAGCAUGUCCGUAAAAUUAUCAAGGACCACGGCGACAUGAGUAACCGCAAGUUCCGCAACGACAAGCGUGUACAUCUUGGUGCUCUGAAGUACGUACCCCACGCCGUCAUGAAGCUCUUGGAGAACAUCCCUUACCCAUGGGAGCAAGUCCGGGAGGUCCCAGUCCUCUACCACAUCACGGGCGCAAUCACGUUCGUCAACGAGAUUCCACGGGUCAUCGAACCCGUCUACCACGCGCAAUGGAGCUCCAUGUGGGUCGCUAUGCGCAGGGAAAAGCGCGACCGUAGGCAUUUCAAGCGCAUGCGGUUCCCGCCAUUCGAUGACGAGGAACCCCCUCUCGACUAUGGUGACAACGUUCUGGAUGUUGAACCGUUGGAGGCUAUCCAGCUGGAUCUCGAGGAAGAGGAGGACGCUGCCAUUCACGACUGGUUUUACGACCCCAAGCCUCUCAUCGACACACCUCAUGUCAAUGGGUCGUCCUACCGGUACUGGAACCUGACGCUUCCCAUUAUGGCCAACCUCUAUCGCCUAGGAAGGACGCUCCUUUCCGACCAUACGGACAGCAACUCGUCGUAUCUGUUUGAUAAGAGGUCGUUCUUCACCGCGAAGGCGUUGAACAUGGCCAUUCCCGGGGGCCCCAAGUUCGAGCCACUCUACCGCGACAUGGACACAUUCGACGAGGACUGGAACGAGUUCAACGACAUUAACAAGGUGAUCAUUCGGCAGCAAAUUCGUACUGAGUAUCGCGUCGCGUUCCCGCACUUGUACAACUCCCUCCCCCGCUCCGUCCACAUCGCCCCUUACCACACCCCGAAGAGUGUGUACAUCCGCACCGACGACCCAGAUCUUCCGGCAUUCUACUUCGACCCCCUCAUCAACCCCAUCUCGCUGCGCGGUUUCAACUCUCAGCCGCUCGUAUCACACGAGGAUACCAUCUUCGGGCCCAACGGCGCGGACGACGACGAUUUCGAGUUACCAGAAGAUCUUGAGCCCUUCUUGGAGGACAGGCCAUUGGAGAAUGACCUCACCGCCGACGCUAUCGCGUUGUGGUGGGCGCCCGAGCCCUACAACCGCCGUUCCGGUCGCAUGCGUCGUGCUCAGGACAUUCCACUCGUCAAGAACUGGUAUCUCGAGCACUGCCCGCCUGGCCAGCCGGUUAAGGUCCGCGUCUCGUACCAGAAGCUUCUGAAGUGCUUCGUCCUCAACGAGCUUCACACGCGCCCUGAGAAGGCGAUGACGAAGAAGAACCUCUUCCGCCAGCUGAAGGCGACGAAGUUCUUCCAGACGACGCGCCUCGACUGGGUGGAGGCCGGUCUGCAGGUGUGCCGUCAGGGCUACAACAUGCUGAACCUCCUCAUUCACCGGAAGAACUUGAACUACCUGCAUCUCGACUACAACAUGAACUUGAAGCCAGUCAAGACCCUCACGACGAAGGAGCGUAAGAAGUCGCGAUUCGGAAACGCAUUCCAUUUGUGUCGUGAAAUUCUGCGCUUGACUAAGCUUGUCGUGGAUGCGCACGUUCAAUUCCGUCUCGGCAACGUCGACGCGUUCCAGCUCGCGGACGCCCUUCAGUAUAUCUUUGGGCACAUCGGCGCCUUGACUGGCAUGUACCGGUACAAGUACAAGCUUAUGAGGCAAGUCCGGAUGACGAAGGACCUGAAGCAUCUGAUCUACUACCGCUUCAACACUGGCCCCGUUGGCAAGGGUCCUGGCUGUGGGUUUUGGGCACCUGGAUGGCGUGUGUGGCUAUUUUUCAUGCGUGGUAUUGUCCCCCUUCUUGAGCGAUGGCUCGGUAACCUUCUCGCGCGUCAGUUUGAGGGCCGAAACAGCAAGGGUAUCGCGAAGACGGUGACCAAGCAGCGAGUUGAGUCCCACUACGAUCUCGAGCUUCGUGCCGCCGUUAUGCACGACAUUCUCGAUAUGAUGCCAGAGUCGAUCAAGCAGAACAAGGCGAAGACUAUCCUGCAGCACUUAUCUGAGGCCUGGCGGUGCUGGAAGGCAAACAUUCCUUGGAAGGUUCCCGGUAUGCCCACGGCGAUCGAGAACAUCAUCCUGCGGUACAUCAAGAGUAAGGCCGAUUGGUGGACGUCUGUCGCUCACUACAACCGUGAACGUAUCCGACGUGGCGCAACGGUUGACAAGGCUGUCGUCAAGAAGAAUCUGGGUCGUCUCACGCGUUUGUACUUGAAGGCCGAGCAGGAGCGUCAGCACGGCUAUCUCAAGGAUGGGCCAUACAUCAGCGCCGAGGAGGCCGUAGCCAUCUACACUGCAACCGUCCACUGGCUCGAGAGCCGCAAGUUCUCGCCUAUCCCAUUCCCUCCUCUGAACUACAAGCACGACACGAAGCUCCUCGUCCUCGCGUUGGAGAAGCUGAAGGAGGCAUACUCUGUUAAGGGUCGCCUUAACCAGUCGCAGCGUGAAGAGCUGGCACUUAUCGAGCAGGCGUACGACAACCCGCACGAGUGUUUGUCACGCAUCAAGCGCUUGCUGCUCACUCAGCGCGCCUUCAAGGAAUCUGGCAUCGAGUUCUUCGACACCUACGAUAAGCUGAUUCCUUGCUACGACAUCGAACCCGUGGAGAAGAUCACUGACGCUUACCUCGACCAAUUCCUCUUCUUCGAGGCCGACAAGCGCGGUCUCUUCCCUUCCUGGAUCAAGCCCGCCGACACCGAGCCGCCUCCGCUGCUCGUUUACAAGUGGUGUCAAGGAAUCAACAACUUGACCGACAUCUGGGAGACUAGUGAGGGCGAGUGUAACGUCAUGAUGGAGACCGUCCUUUCCAAGGUCUACGAGAAGAUUGAUCUUACUCUCCUCAACCGUCUGCUCCGUCUCAUCCUGGACCAUAACUUGGCGGACUACAUCACGGCGAAGAACAACACCGUCUUGACCUACAAGGACAUGGCUCACACGAAUGCGUACGGUCUCAUUCGAGGCCUUCAAUUCUCAGCUUUCGUCUUCCAGUACUACGGUCUCGUCCUCGAUCUGCUCAUCCUGGGCCUGCAGCGUGCGAGCGAAAUGGCUGGUCCUCCCCAGAUGCCGAACAACUUCCUGCAGUACCGCGACUCGGCCACAGAGACCCGCCACCCGAUCCGGCUCUACUCCCGUUACGUCGACAGGAUUCAUGUUCUCUUCCGUUUCACCGCGGAGGAGUCCCGCGACCUCAUCCAGCGGUACCUCAGUGCCAACCCCGACCCAACGAACAACAACGUCAUUGGCUACAACAACAAGCGCUGUUGGCCGCGCGAUUGCCGCAUGCGUCUCAUCAAGCACGACGUCAACUUGGGCCGCGCCGUCUUCUGGAAUGUCAAGCAGAGUCUCCCUCGUUCGCUCACGACCAUCGAGUGGGAAGACACCUUCGUUAGUGUCUACUCCAAGGAGAACCCCCAGCUCCUCUUCUCCAUGUGUGGCUUCGAGAUCCGCAUCCUGCCCAAGAUCCGCACCCUCAGUGGAGAGCAAUUCUCGCUCAAGGACGCUGUAUGGAACCUGACGAACGAGCAAACGAAGGAGCGAACAGCCCAGGCGUUCCUGCGCGUGUCGGACGAGGGUGUCCAGCAGUUCAACAACCGCAUCCGUCAAGUGCUCAUGAGCUCCGGCUCUACAACAUUCUCCAAGAUCGUCAACAAGUGGAACACGGCGCUCAUCGGUCUCAUGACCUACUACCGCGAGGCUGUCAUCCACACGAACGAGCUUCUCGACGCGCUCGUCAAGGCGGAGAACAAGAUCCAGACCCGUGUCAAGAUCGGUCUCAACAGCAAGAUGCCGUCCCGUUUCCCGCCGGUCGUUUUCUACACGCCGAAGGAGCUCGGUGGUCUUGGUAUGCUGUCCAUGGGUCACGUUCUUAUCCCUCAAAGUGAUUUGCGGUGGUCAAAGCAGACGGACGUCGGUGUCACCCACUUCCGCGCUGGUAUGUCGCACGAGGAAGACCAGCUCAUCCCCAACCUGUACCGAUACCUCCAGCCGUGGGAGGCUGAGUUCAUGGACUCCGCGCGCGUCUGGUCCGAAUACUCGAUGAAGCGCAAGGAAGCCAACGCUCAAAACCGCCGUCUCACCCUGGAGGAUCUCGAGGACAGCUGGGACCGCGGUAUCCCUCGUAUCAACACGCUCUUCCAGAAGGAUCGUCACACCCUCGCGUACGACCGCGGUUGGCGUGUCCGCACGGAUUGGAAGCAGUACCAGCUCCUCAAGCACAACCCCUUCUGGUGGACGUCGCAACGCCACGACGGCAAGCUAUGGCAGCUCAACAACUACCGUGUCGACGUCAUCGCCGCUCUUGGCGGUGUGGAAGGCAUCCUCGAGCACACACUCUUCAAGGGGACGUACUUCCCUACCUGGGAGGGUCUUUUCUGGGAAAAGGCGUCCGGCUUCGAAGAGUCGAUGCGGUACAAAAAGCUCACGAACGCCCAGCGCUCCGGUCUGAACCAGAUCCCGAACCGUCGGUUCACGCUCUGGUGGAGUCCUACGAUCAAUCGCGCGAAUGUCUACGUCGGUUUCCAGGUCCAGCUUGAUCUCACGGGUAUCUUCAUGCACGGUAAAAUCCCGACCCUGAAAAUCAGUUUGAUCCAGAUCUUCCGUGCGCACUUAUGGCAGAAGAUCCACGAGAGUGUCGUCAUGGACUUGUGUCAAGUGUUCGACCAAGAGCUUGAGCCCCUCCAGAUUGAGACGGUGCAGAAGGAAACCAUCCACCCGCGUAAGAGUUACAAGAUGAACUCGUCCUGCGCCGACAUCCUCCUGUUCUCGGCUUACAAGUGGAACAUCGCCCGUCCUUCGCUGGUCACUGAUGGCAAGGACGUUCUUGACGGUACGACGAGCAAUAAGUUCUGGAUCGACGUGCAGCUCCGUUGGGGUGACUUCGACACGCACGAUAUUGAACGUUACACUCGUGCCAAGUUCCUCGACUACAUCUCGGACUCCAUGAGUAUCUACCCUUCGCCAACUGGUGUCAUGAUCGGCAUGGAUCUCGCGUACAACUUGUGGUCCGCCUACGGCAACUGGUUCCCUGGUCUUAAGCCCCUCAUCCAGCAGGCCAUGGCCAAAAUCAUGAAGGCGAACCCGGCGUGCCAUGUCCUCCGCGAGCGUAUCCGCAAGGGCCUCCAGCUCUACUCGUCCGAGCCAACUGAGCCGUAUCUCAACUCCCAGAACUAUUCAGAGCUCUUCUCGAACCAGAUCAUUUGGUUCGUCGACGACACCAACGUCUACCGUGUCACAAUUCACAAGACGUUCGAGGGUAACUUGACGACUAAGCCCAUCAACGGUGCUAUCUUCAUCUUCAAUCCUCGCUCCGGUCAACUGUUCCUGAAGAUUAUCCAUACGAGUGUCUGGGCCGGUCAGAAGCGUCUUGGUCAGCUCGCGAAGUGGAAGACUGCCGAAGAAGUCGCCGCCCUGGUCCGUUCCCUGCCCGUCGAAGAGCAGCCGAAGCAGGUUAUCGUCACCCGCAAGGGUAUGCUGGACCCGCUCGAAGUUCAUUUGCUCGACUUCCCGAACAUCGUCAUCAAGGGAAGCGAGCUCCAACUGCCAUUCCAGGCAUGCAUGAAGAUGGAGAAGUUCGGUGAUCUUAUCUUGCGUGCGACCCAGCCGCAGAUGGUACUGUUCAACUUGUACGACGACUGGCUCAAGUCCAUCUCAAGCUACACUGCCUUCUCUCGUCUCAUCCUCCUCCUGCGUGGGCUGCAUGUCAACAACGAGAAGGCCAAGAUCGUCCUGCGUCCGGACAAAAACACCAUCACGGAGCCUCACUUCGUUUGGCCAUCCCUGUCAGACGAGGACUGGAUCAAGGUCGAGGUCGCGCUGAAGGAUCUCAUCUUGGCGGACUUCGGCAAGCGCAACAGCGUCAACAUUGCAUCCCUUACCGCCAGCGAAAUCCGUGAUAUCAUUCUCGGUCAGGAGAUUGCGGCGCCGUCGGUGCAGCGGCAGCAGAUGGCCGAAUUGGAGAAGAGCUCCGAGGCACAGAGCCAGGUCACCGCGGUGCAAACGCAGACCACGAACGUCCACGGUGACGCCAUUCAGACGGUGACGACGACGAACUACGAGCAGCAGGUGUUCAGCAGCAAGUCGGACUGGCGAGUACGCGCGAUCUCGGCGACCCACCUUCCUCUCCGUCUGCAGCACAUCUACGUGUCGAACGACGAUGUCAAGGACGACGCCUCCUCGUACACCUACGUCUUACCCAAGAACAUCCUUCGUGCUUUCAUUACGGCUUCGGACCUUCGGACUCAAGUUGCCGCCUUCCUGUACGGCGUCUCGCCACCCGACAACAAGCAGGUGAAGGAAGUCAAGGCUGUUGUAUGGGUCCCGCAGCGCGGCAACAACAACAGCGUCGAGCUUCCGAGCCAACUUCCCCGCGACGAUUUCUUGCUCAAGGACCUCGAGCCACUCGGAUGGGUCAAGACACAGGCGCUGGAGCUGUCGCACCUCUCGCCGACGGACGUCAGCACCCAGGCGAAGAUCAUGGCGGACCACCCCGAGUGGGGCUCGUCGUCGAUCUGCAUCUCAUGCGCGUUCACGCCCGGUUCGGUCUCGCUCUCCGCGCACACACUCACCGUUCCCGGCUUCGAGUGGGGCCGGAAGAACGCGGACACGUCGCCCAACCCGCCUGGGUUCAACCCGAAUAUGUCAGAGCGCGUGCAACUCCUGCUGUCUGAUCGCAUUCUUGGUAUGACGCUAGUGCCGGAGGGGCGGGUGUGGAACUACGGUGUAGGGUUGACGCAGCUCUGGACGCCGAACCUGCACUACUCUGUGCAGCUCGACACGCCGCUGCUGUUCUGGGCGGAGGAGCACCGGCCGACGGCGUUCCUUUCGUUCGCGAACCUUGAGGCUGGGGAUGACAGCGCUGAUGUCGAGAACUCGCUCGCAUGA